AUGUCUGAAAUUCCUCAAGGAAACGCUGCAAAGGGUGAGAAAAUCUUCAAGGCCAAGUGUGCUCAAUGCCAUACCAUCAAUAAGGGUGGUGCUCACAAGGUUGGACCAAACUUGUGGGGUAUUUGGGGUAGAAAGUCAGGAAUGGCUGAAGGAUAUGCUUUCUCUGCUGCCAAUAAGGACAAGGCUGUUGUUUGGAAUGAACAAUCCCUCUUUGAAUACUUGGUAGAUCCUAAGAAGUAUAUUCCUGGUACAAAGAUGGUCUUUGCCGGUAUGAAGAAGCCAAACGAACGUGCCGAUUUGAUUGAAUACAUGAAGACUGCUUCCCAAGAAUAA